AUCCAAAGAUGCUGUGUUCAGCCUUCUCGAUAUCGCAGCUGGCGAUACCGAGUGUGUCUCUUCUUAUUAGUUUCCUCGCAUAUACCUCACAAUAUCUCCUCCUCAACUUCGAACCUGCGCCGAUCACAGACCGCGAGCUACUGUGGGUCAACGUUUUCGCGCUCUGCAUAUGGAUAUGCUACUACCGGGCCUGUUCCGUGGAUCCGGGGCGUAUUCCCAAGGGCUGGCGGCCUCAAGACAGUAAACAACUGGAGUCCGACCGUGCAAGCGGGCGAUCACGGUGGUGUCGUAGAUGUGAAGCUUUCAAGCCGCCCCGAGCGCACCACUGUAAAACGUGUCAAAGAUGCAUUCCGAAGAUGGACCAUCACUGUCCAUGGACUUCGAACUGUGUCUCGCAUUUCACAUUUCCUCAUUUCAUACGGUUUCUCUUUUACGCGGUGACGGGCAUGACCUAUCUUGAGACUUGCUUAUGGGAAAGAGGUGCUAUCAUUUGGGCUUCUAGAAACCACCCAAGCUACAUGGGGCCUAGUGUCAUCCAGAUAGGCCACCUGUUUAUUCUGUUUGUAGUGAACAGCCUGACAAUAUUUGUGCUCUCUAUUCUCCUCGCUCGAACAGCUUGGAGUCUUAUAUUCAAUACCACGGUCAUCGAGACCUGGGAAAUUGAAAGACACGAAACGCUAGUGCGACGGGCCAAACACUUUCACGGAUACUUGACAAGUCCCCAUGGAACUCGAGUGCAUAUCAGGAAGCAAGAAUUCCCGUAUGAUAUUGGAAUAUGGGACAACAUCAAGGCCGGAAUGGGCGGAAGUUCAAAUGUCCUCGGCUGGUUCUGGCCUUUGUCAAGAACGUCUAACCGUUCGACGGGUUUAGAGUUCGAGACCAAUGGGUUCGAAAAUUCAAACCUCUCAUGGCCACCACCGGACCCCGAUCGCAUUCCCAUGUCUGCGCCGCGAGCGAGGGGCAGCAUAUCACCCGAUCCAGAGGCCUCUGGAUACGUAAACAGCCUGUCCCCCUCCAGUGGCCCAUCAAGAACCAGGAAUGAUCUGGCCAUCCAGCGGCGCCGGCGCUUCCAUCAAAGGAUUGAUCAGAAGACCGAUGAAGCCAAGAACUCAGCAGAGUCCAGUUCAGCCGAUAGCGAUCAGUCGGAUGACGGCGAACAAGCAUGGAGGAACUCGGAAGGCGAACGGCUUCGUGAUUUCGGUGUCGACGAGGAUGCCGAGUUCUACGAUGAAGAGGAUAUCCCACUGGCUAUUUUGGUUCAGCAAAGAGCACAGGCGGCGCUGAAGCAAGUGACCUAAUACGGGCUUUUGUAUAUAAGAAGUAGGAAGGAUCGAAGCAUUCG